AUGCCUCCUCAACUUCCGAUCGACAUCCUUCCUGAAAUAUUGCGACAUUUUGUCGGGGAACUUGACGAACAAGAAAUUUUACACAACCUGUUAUUCGUCAACCGAACAUGGUGUCAGCAUUCUCUACCUCUUUUAUGGACUAAUCCAUUCCUACUGUGUCAACAGCCAGAAAACCGUGCUAAAUUGGUGGAAACCUUACUCGGCUGUCUCUCUGAUCAAGAUAAAGCGUACUUUGCACAACGCAAUCCCGAUUUACCGACUUAUGCUCGUCCGUCGAUCGAUUAUUCCACCUAUAUCACUGUGCUAGAGGAGAAGAAUGUGAUCGAAGCGGUCAACAAUUGGUUUGAGAAAAUCCUGAAAGAGAAAAAAGAAAAGGCUGCUCUUGCUGGUGUUACUAUAAAUAAUACAAGCAAAAAAGAAAAUGAUCGAAAGUACGAGGCGACUGUGCUAAGUGCCAUGCUAUAUAAGAUGUUUAUCGAACGUAGUAAUAACAUUAAAUGGUUCAAUCUCGACUGUGAUGCUAUUAAUGCCAAAUGGUACGAUGGCACGAUCACUCAUCAAGAUUACAUGGCGGAUAAAAUCUUGCAAGCUGUUGCAAAUUAUCAACAAAGUCUUCAACGUCUUGCCGUCUCCUUUAACAGUGGCUCAAGCAACGUCGAUACUCCUGGUCUUUCCAAAUUGGUGGUCGAAUGCAUCAAAGUCCAAGGAAGAUUCUUGCGCGAUUUUGUUAUUGAGAAUGCGGGCGGUGAUGAAUUUGCAGAAAUGCAUUACGCACUAAAACCUCGCGCCAAUUCAUUGAAACGUGUCGGCUACACACAAUGCGAUUUCUCCAAAUUCCCAUGGGCGGUUGGAAUCGAGAUCCUGUCGCAGAUUGACGAACUGUACUUUAUCGCUUGUACGAACCUUCGUGAUAGUCAAUUGAAACAGUUAGAAGGUCGGAUGGAGAAACCAUUCCCCGAAUUUUAUUACUAUGUUCUUAAAGGACUCGAGUAA